AACGCUGAGUUUGCCAAGAAAGAAACCGACAGCAAAUAUUACAAAGAUCUUCUGAAAGCCGUAAUAUCAUCAAAGAUUCAUUUGAACGAGCUUAUUAAAGACUUUCCCGGUAUGAAUCAAGAAAAAAUCAAGAAUUUACAAAUGCCUCUCUGUGUUGUGGCUGGUACAACCUGCUAUGUAUAUGGUCUUAAUCUCGAAUCACGAAACCUUUAUGUAAUUAAAGAUAUCUGUAGU